UUCAGCUUUUAUUUGUGACGCAUUUACCUGAUUAGAAUAACCAGGAACGUAAAAAUGCCACAGGACCAACGUAAACCUGAUAGAAAGAGUUUGCCUCCUCUUUCUCCGGGGCCAAUACUGGAUAUAUCUGACGAUGAGUUGGUCACAAUUUCCGUACGAGACUUGAACCGCCAGUUAAAGUUACGGGGUUUAACUCGUGAAGAUAUCGUUCGGAUGAAACAACGAAGACGUACCUUAAAAAACCGAGGAUAUGCAGCCUCAUGUCGUAUAAAACGAAUCGAACAAAAGGACGAAUUGGAAACGGAAAAAACACAAGAAUGGCGUGAUAUGGAAACCAUGCAGGAUGAUAUUAAACACAUGAAAGAAGAAGUAAAUGGGAUACGUACACGAUAUGAAGCACUGAAAAAGUUUGCAAUAAAUAAUAAAAUUCCGAUUCCGAGUGAAUUGGAGAACAUAUAGUUAGUUUAUACAAUAAAAUACAUGUAAUAAUA